AUGGCACCCCCAAGUCGCGAUGCGAGCCUCGACGCGGAGGCCGGCGAGGCUCUGCUCGAGAAGCACUCGUCACUGUCAGACUCGGAAUCGUCUCAAUUUCCCCUUUGCCCGUCUUGUGCCCGCAGACAGGCGCGCCAGCCGUCCGUCUUCCGGAAAAAGGGCCUCUGGGUCACGUACCUCAACCUCGUCCUCUUCCUCACCAGCAUUCUUCUCCUCAUCGGCGCCCGCCGCAGCCUCCGCCCGCCGCCGCCCUCGGGGCGCGAGGUCGUCGAAGCCACCUCGGCCUACUCUCCAAUCUUCGAUGCCGUCGACCUCACGCCGGUGCCCCUGACCGUUGACGGACGUCUGCACGCGCCCGCCAACGCCUCCGUCUUCCGUGGCGAGCCAUCCAACGUGACCGAUGCCGCGUGGGACGACGUGUCGGCCGAGGCCUACGAGGUCAUCCUCGUCAAUGCCACCGUCCUCGAGCGCGCCGGCUACAACCCGACGCACUACUUCAAGGCGCCCUCGUCAUGGGGCCACGGCGAGGGCCAGUAUCCCGUCCAGAUCGACGUCUUCCACCAGAUCCACUGCCUCAACGCCGUCAGGAAGCAAAUGUAUUACCAGCAUUACUAUGCCGAUGAGUUCCCCAACGGCCCCGACGAAAUGCACUGGAUGCACCAGCGCCACUGCCUGCACAUGGUGCUGCAGAGCCUCAUGUGUAACGCCAAUGUGGACAUUGUGCCGCAUCGGUGGGUUGAGAAGGACAACAAGCCCUUUGCGCAGUUCAGCAUCCAGAGGCAGUGCAGGAACUUUGACAGCCUGCGCAGUUGGAACAAGAAAAACGCCGUCAAGAACGUACGCGACUUGUGGCCGCACGACAAGAAGGCGAUGCCGCAGGAUGCCUUUGUCUGGUCAGGAUUUGGCGAGUCGUUUUCCUGA